AAUACAAUGUUACCUACGAGUUUAUAUACUAAGGAAAGAUUAGAGUCAUUAUUAUUCUAUAAUGUUCCAUAAUAUUCUAGUAUCAAUACGAAGAAUAGAGAAAGAUACUUGCUCUAACUGCGAAUUCAACGCAAUACACCAAUACACCCCCUCCGUCGAUGCUACUGAGCUCUUGCGGUCCGGAUCUUCAUCUUUUGACGUCCCCUCCAUUCUGAACGACAUAUCCCAUCUUGAACAUGAGCUACAAAAUAUCGAGCCCCUCUUCAUAAAAUUCAGAGACCGUUACAACAAUCUCGUUAAGAAUCUCGGAAGCUGCAAAGCUCUUCUGGCACCAAUAAGAUCUUUGCCUGCAGAGAUACUGCUUCAGAUAUUCAGCCUGGCUUCUUCUCAUAUUCCUGAUCCGUUCGAAGUGCCGUGGAUCCUUGGUCACGUCUGCUCCACCUGGCGUAACAUCUCCCGCUCUUCUCCCUCCCUAUGGGCAAAUCUCCACCUAACGGAAUCCUCCAGCAAGCGUCUUACGUUCCUCAAAGAAUACAUCUCUCUCUUAGACGAUGCACCCGUCCACUUGUCCUUAGACGAACGCCCUGAAAAAGAACUGAAAGAGCUUAUCCACGGCAUAUUAAUACACUCGGAACUCUGGUCAAGUUUGGAGCUAAAGAUGAGCGCGGGAUGGAUCGAAGAACUGUUGUCCUACGCAUCAUUCCUGGCCUUCAACUUGAAGAAAUUUAGUAUCAAUCUAACCGGUCCAUUUGAGAUCAACCUGGUCGAGCACAGACCACACGUGUUAGACCUCUUGUCAUCGUCACCCAUCCGAGAAUUGCACCUCGAAUGUAUCCCCUACUCGCAUGCACCCAUAAACAUAACGGAACUCCAAAAGUUCAGCACAUACUCCUACGAUCCAGCCGAACUCCAUUCGAUUUUCCGGAACGCAAAACGACUGGUUGAAUUCGUCAUAACGCCAGGUCAAGCUCGCUCUGAUUUCGUAUCUGACAUUCCAUCAACUAGCUACCCCUAUACUUGUCACACUUCACUCGAACGACUCUCAUUCGUCAUAACCAUGGAGAACUGGUCCCGCUCCUUCUCCAAAAUUCCCUCCAUCUUUGACCACGUAUCCUUCCCUGCACUCAAACACUUCGAAAUCCUACAGCACGAUGGUUACGAUAUGGUGUGGUUCGACACCACAGAGUACCUUCGUCUACAUGAUCUCUUCCGUCGGUCCCAAUGCAGUCUGACUGUCCUCACAUUUUCCGCGCCCAUCUCUGUCGACUCGCUCCUCAUCCCCUUGCUCGCGCAAUCCCCUACCCUCCACAAGCUCAACAUAUUCCUGAGGAGAGAUAUAGUGAAGGACAUCUUCAAAGCUUUGUCUCUUGAGCAGGGAAUGGCCCCCAAUUUAAAGGAACCGUGUAUCACAGAGGCCCCAAGAACCCUCACGCAAGCUUGCCUUUUGGAAGAAGCAGAUCAAUUUUAUGCAAUGAUCCUUUCGAGGGCUGAUGGAGACAGCGGCGGUCGGUUAGAAAAACUGAGGGUGUCAUUCGACUCGUCCCGGGGUGACCACGAAUGGAUGACUCUUCCUGUCUCGCAUGAUUCGCCGUUCCGGAAUUUGCUUAGGAUGAAGGAGAGAGGGAUGAACAUAGAGUUUUUGUUGGAUGGGAAAGAUUAUAUCAAUGACGGGAAGGCUCGUGUUGCCUUCUUUGGGUCUUAA